GUGGACUUUCGCCUCUCACACCCACGCCGUGAAGUCUGCAGCCGGAGUUAAGCACAAAAAACAACAAUUUCUGCUAAAUAACUCAACUUAACAAGAUCCAAGAUGAAGGAAGUAUCUUCAAACAAAUGUGCUGGAGGUUUCCAGAAGGUCUUUGAACACGAGAGCACUGAGCUGAAGUGUAAGAUGAAGUUUGCAGUGUUCCUUCCUCCAAAGGCAGAGACACAGAAGUGCCCCGUACUGUACUGGCUCUCAGGGCUCACGUGCACAGAGCAGAACUUCAUCACUAAAGCCGGCUCUCAGCUCGGAGCCGCUGAACACGGACUCAUCCUGGUGGCUCCAGACACCAGCCCACGUGGGUGUAACAUCGAGGGGGAGGACGACGGCUGGGACUUUGGGACCGGAGCAGGUUUUUAUGUGGACGCUACUCAGGAGCCGUGGAAGAACAACUACCGCAUGUACUCCUAUAUCACAGACGAGCUGCCCAAGCUGAUCAACGCUAACUUCCCCACUGACCCUGAGCGCGUGUCCGUCUUCGGACACUCCAUGGGGGGGCACGGGGCACUUAUCUGUGCCCUCAAGAACCCAGGCAAAUACAAGUCUGUGUCUGCGUUCGCUCCCAUCUGUAACCCCAUGCAGUGUCCCUGGGGUCAGAAGGCUUUCUCCGGAUACCUGGGCCCUGAGCGCUCCACCUGGGAGGCGUACGAUGCCACAGUCCUGGCCGCCUCAUACUCUGGUCCUCAGUUGGACGUCCUCAUAGAUCAGGGCAAAGACGAUCAGUUCCUGUCGGCGUCUCAGCUGCUGCCCGACAACCUCAUCGCCGUCUGCUCCGAGAAGAAGAUCCCCGUGGUCUUCAGACUGCAGCCGGGCUACGACCACAGCUACUUCUUCAUCUACUCCUUUAUGAACGACCACAUCAAACACCACGCCAAGUUCCUCAACGCCUGAACUCUCAGAUCCACCGUCUGGACCAGGGUCUAAACAAAGAACUAAAUCAGAACUUUCUGUGACAAUUUGGUAACUCCAAAAUCAAAGACAAUUUUUACACCAACCACAAAAUAAUCUCACAAAAAUAAACACUUUAAAUGGC